AUGCCGCCGCAUUGUUUGCGUCGCAUACGGCCAUCGGACCACAUUCUUAGUAAUGAAUUGCAAGGUUCGCGUUCUUGUCAUAAUUUUCUGGGGAACAAUGUGGAAGAAUACAGUUUAGUCUGCAAGAAAACCAAAAUACGAUCAAACUCAAUUGUACAUAUUAUCUAA